GAUCAGCUGGGCAGAUGGUUGGCAGCCAGGUGGUGGUGCAGGCGGGAAAGGACAAGGAGGCCAACGCCAGCCACCACCUCACCAAGCUCAGCAAGGACGACCCGCUCAGGCAGCACUACGAGGCCCUCUGGCCAGAGCUCGCCGCAGCCAAGCCACCAGCAGACCAACCAGUCGUUGGAUUCAAGGCAGUGGAGGCAGCUGCUCGACGCUUGGACAAACUCCAGAAGAAAGUACGAUCGGCAGGGGAGCAAGUUGAGAGUGCCCAGCAGUACUUGGCUGAGAGUGAACGCAAGCUUCGUGAAGCCAUGGAAGCCUCCAUUGCAGCCGAAGAUGAGUUCGACAAGCUCAAGGCCACAGUCGGCAAGCAAGAGGCACCAGCUGAACCUGCAGCCGAGAAGCCAACUCUGGCAGCCCUCCUGGAGCAGUUCGAGCAUGAGCCUGAUGACUUCCACAAGUGGUCCGAGCCCGACAAGGAGGUCUGGCGAGCAGCAAAGGCCAAGGGCGAGCGCAUGGCCCAGACGGUCAAGGAGCACGAGGAGGAGACGGCGAAGCACCUGCGACUACUGGAGGAAGAGACGGCCAGGCACCAGGAGCAGCUGCGCCAGCUCGAGCAGGUGCCACCACAUGCACUGAGGCAGCAGGGACAGCCGCCGCGGCUGCGCCCACCGGCGCCGCAGCAGCUGCCCAACCAGAAGCAGGCGCAGCAGAACAUGACAAAGCAGAAGAACGCCGAGCCAGAGUGGAGGCCCACAUCCAGGAGGCGCGAGAGAAGGUCUCGCAGGCUAGGCGCGCUGAGACAGUCGUCGACGCAGAAGGGCAAGGUGACCACUCAGCAGGGUAGCCGCCCCAAGGCGAGCGCGAAGAAGGCUCGCCGCCCGUACCACAUUGACUUCUUCAACGUCACGACCUGGGGCCCCCAGGCACAGGGCUACCUCAUGGAGAUCAACAAUACCAAGGACAGGGACAUCAUUGGCAUCGCGGAGCACCACCUCCGCCAGCCUGCGCAGAUAAGCAAGGCAAGAGCGGCGCCCAGGAGGAAUGGCACGCACAGCUACUGGACCAAGGCACGGCCAGGAGAAGGAGAAGGCACUCGAGGAGGCACGUGUGCCAUCACGCGAGGAUCCUUGGACAUCCAGGACAGGAUCGCGGGUUUCGAUGAGCACUACCUGCACGAGGACGGCAGCGACGUCACGGUGGUGAUCUCCAACCUGCACAAGGUCCGUUUCGCAGUGGCUUUCGUCUACCUUGAGUGUGGGACGGGCUUUGGAGAGAGGAACGUCGACAUCCUCUGCGACCUGCGGGAGAAGAUGGCCGUCUGGGGAGGGCCCUGGGCAGCGCUUGGGGGCUUCAACAUGACGCCGCCGGAGCUCAACAACAGCAUUUGGCCCAGGGUGCUGAAUGCUCAAGUAGCUGCGGCGGAGGAUGGCGCCCCCACAUGUUUCCCAGCAGUAGGUGAAGCCAGGUGCAUCGACUUCGCGCUGAUCUCGCAGGGCCUGGCGCCGUAUUUCGACCAGCUGGAGCUGCUCAGGACCGCGCCGUGGAAGCCGCACAUCGGCAUCCGCUUGAAGUUGAAGGGGCGGCCUCUCAUGCUCAAGGGCAGGGUACUUCGCAGGCCAGCAGCCAUAAAGCCGCCAGUCACAGUCGAGAGAAUGCCGAAGUCCAGAGCCGCUUGCAGACGAGCGGCGCGCGGAGGCCAGGAGGCCAUGCGCCGACGUCAGCAAGCGUUGGCAGAGGCAGGAUGCGACCUGGACGAGAACGACAUGGAGCCAGUGCCGCAGCUGUACUACGACAAGGAGGUCAAGCACGUCAUCCCUGACGAGCUGUGGCAGGCCACCUCCGAGCGGGUCAGCGCGCGCGCCUACGACGAGUUGCCCCAGCACUUGCAGCACACAGUCGUCGGCAAGAUGAUGGAGCGGGAAAUGCUGGACCUGGGGCAACAGCACGACCGCUUCGCAAGCACCCUCGAGCUCAGCCUGUGCGAGAGCAUCGGCAUCCCAGAGGAAGAGCGUGGACGACAUCUCGGGCGCAGCAGGCCCCCGAGCUACAAGAGCGCGAGCAUCAAGGACGCGUCCUGGACCCCCGAGACGGGCACAGCUUUCCAAGAGAUGAGGGCGAGGCGGCCUGGCCCAGAGAAAGAGGCAGGACGCAACACCAUGGACAUCCAAGAUCACGACCCCUUCGAGGAUGAGGAGGACUACUUGGAGUACCGCCAUGGGAUCGCAGACCAGGAGAACAGCGAUGGGUACCACCAGCACAUCGAGGGGCAGCAGGACAGCCUCGAGUUCGGCCAGACCGUUCGACGCAGCACCUUGGACGUCCAAGACCACGACCCCUUCGAGGAGGAGGAGGACUGCUUGCAGCACCGCCAGGAGACCGCAGAUCAGGAGGACUGCGACGGGCACCACCAGCUCAUUAAGGGGCAGCAGGACAGCAUCGACUACGGCCAGACCGUUCGCCCAGAGGCAGAGGAGCAACGAGAUAUGGGCCUGCCCCCACCAGACCUCUGGAAUGAUGACCAGCACCAGCGGGAGCGGGAAGACUACGUGGCCAUGAGAGACGACCUGGAGUACUGGGCGGCCAUCUGGAUGGAUAACCUGGUGCAGCUCCCCACGGACAACAGCAACUGGAUGCAGUUCUGUGUGCCGUUCCUGGAGACCAUCUUGGGUGGCGGAGGCAACAAUGGCAUGGUGAGACUGCUCAGGCGUAGGUACCAGCAGGUCCGCACCCACAGCGGCCACCAGACGCAGCAGCAGAUCAACACAAGACGGCAGCUCGCGCAGCAGCUCAACCAGCCUGACCCAGGCAGGCUGAACGAAGAAGGUGCAGCCAAGGACCAGCAGCAGGCCCUCCUCACAGACCUGCACGCGAUAGCAGAGGGCGCCCUCGUGGACCCAGGGACGAUCAGCAGGGUAGCGGAGGAGGUAAAGAGCAUGGCCAAGCUACUCACUAAGGCGGUGAAGAAGGCGUACAUCUACUGGGUGCACGACGCCACGGCAGGCAGUGCGAAGAUGGCCCACGCCUACACCAAGGCAGCGGAGUGCAGCCACCUGGAGGACAUCCUUGAGCACGAUGGCCAGGUCAUCAACCACCCGCAGCAGCUGGUGGACUUGCGCAAAGAGGCAUGGCAACGCAGGUGGACACGAGAUGCACAGAAGGCCGAGAGGAUCCAAGAGGCGCUGGCCAAGCUGAGGCAGGCUGCCUUGGCCCAAGAGAAUGCCCUCGAGCCCAUCAGCAAGGACAUCAUCGGCUCCAUCAUCCAGCACCCGAAGCGCAAUGCUGGCCAAGGAGCGGACUGGUGGAGGACUCCAGAGCUCAAGGCCAUGGGCGCCCAGGGGCUGGAAGACUUCGUGCAGUGCCUGACCAGCUGUGAGCAACGGGCAGCGUGGCCGUGGCAAUUCUACUUGGUGCUGGAGCUGCUGCUGGGCAAGAAGCCAGGAAUCGGCGGUGAGCGCCCCAUCGGCCUCAUGCCCAUGCCGUACCGCAUCUGGAGCGCAGCCAGGAGGCCCAUAGUAGCCACCUGGAGCAAGGCAGCGGCGGGCUUCUGGGAUACGGCAGUAGCUGGCUCCUCAGCGCUACGAGUGGCAAUGCACAGACUGAUGAGGGCAGAAGCCGCCACGGAGAUGGGCUUUCAUGCAGCAGGAAUGUUCUACGACGCGGCAAACUUCUACGACAACAUAGGCCUAGACCAGCUGAUCGAGACGGCCAGCGCCCUCCAGUACCCGUUGCUGCCGCUGGCAAUGGCCGUGCAGAUGUACCUUGCGCCCAGGGCCAUCAUGGCCCACAGCCUCUUCUCGGACAUCGUCGAGCCUGCCAACAGCAUGGUAGCUGGCUGUGGCCAAGCGGUCGGCCUCACCAGACCGCUCUUGUAUGGCAUCCUGGAUGCAGCGCACAGGCACCACAUCUUCGUCGUCAUGCAGCAGUACCUGGACGGCUUGGCCCUGCAGGUAGAGGGUGCGCGGCGGCAGGUCAUUGACCAGAUCAAGCACGUGGCAGCGCUGGUGCACGACGGAUUCAAGCAGCUCUCGAUACCCAUCUCCGUCAAGACGGCAGUGGUGGCCUCGGACAAGGACCUCCAGGCAGAAGUCGCCAGCAUCCUGGACAGCCUGGGCACCCCCAACAAGCAACCAGGUGUAGUGCGCGACCUCGGCGUCGACACCAGCCUCGGCAAGCAGCUGCGGCGACCCACCCAUGCCGCGCGCCAGGCCAAGGCCAAGCAGAGGGUGGCCAAGCUCAAGGACCUAGCGAAGACGGACGCCAGAGGCGCGGCAAAGGUCUAUUCAGCAGGUGCCUACUGCCAGCAGGCCUGGGACUUACCAGCGCACGGCAUCACGCCCACGGAGGCGAAGGCGGUCAGGGCUACGGAGGCAGCGCUCCUCACAGGCGGACACAAGGCUGGACGCUGCACGUCCACCAUCCUCCUGAUCCAGAGGGGAAUGCAAGAGGCAGUUACCCGAGCCAUCGGUGACCAGAUCAAGCAGUUCUGGCUCACCAUAGUCGACCACCCGACGGAGCUCAAGAGGUACCAGAGAGGCUGGCUCCUGCUCUACGCCAAGCUGGGCGCCCUGGAACCCAACCGCAGGAGGAGGAGGCGCAAAGGACAGCAUGCAGAGGCAGCCAUGCUGGAGACCAUAGCGGUGGCGGGCAUCUGGACCAGGGAGCGUCGCAGGGCGGCCAACCUCAACCAAGAAGGCGACGACACCUGCGCGAGAUGCGGCGAGGCGAUAGAGACAGAGGAACACCGCUACUACGCAUGCCCUGCCAACGCAGAGAUAGGGCACAGCAAUGACACCGACCUGGCGAAGAAGGCGAAGGACGCGCUGGACCAGCGGCAAGACCUGCACUUCUGGCUCCGAGGCAUCCCGCCAGCGGCCUGGGCAGCCAAGGUCGACCCAGACGAGGACGCGGCGAAGGCGGCGCAGAUCUUCUGCACCAGUGAAGAGGCUCAGGCGGCAGCCCAGUCAGGGUACAAGGUUCGAGCAGACUAUGUCUUCACGGACGGCUCAGGCGGUGCAGGGGACACGGCCAAGGACCCCCGCCUCAGACGCUGCGGCUGGGCAGUGGUGGCUUUCAGGUUCGACGAACAAGGACGUCCGCAGGAAGUGGCCGCCUGGUACGGCACGAUCAGGGCACCGCACACGGUGCCACGGGCAGAGCUCACCGCCAUGAGCAAAGCCAUCGGGUACACCACGGCGGCGACAGCCAGGGGGCUCAACAUAGUCAGCGAUUGCAAGUACGCCCUGGACGCACUCAAGCAGAUCCAGGAUCCUGAGGAUCUGGACUACAGGAGCACGAACUACGACCUCUGGCUCCAGACGAAGCAGCAGCUGCAGAACAGCACGGACACCAUCAUGGGCCACCACAUCCCAAGCCACCUGCUUGAGCACCCAGCCGAGCUGGAGAGGUGGAAUGGUCCCACCUGGUGGGUCAUAGGAAACGAGAUGGCAGACAAGUACGCAGGCUGGGGAGCGGAGCAUGGAGCACUGGAUCCAGCCAUCAUCGCGCAGCAGCAGAUCAGGGACCAGAUCACCACGGCGGUGCAAAACCGGCUGCUGGCCAUCAACCUGGCGGUGACGGUGGAGGACCCCAACAAGGCCCCUCAGCGUCCCAAGGCCAAGCGCCGAAAGCCGCAGACGGCGAGGGACAGGGCAGCCCAGCUGGGACACGACUUGCGCAAGCUACAUCCGCGAUGGUGGUGUGCAGCGUGUCGCAGUGGCCCAGCCAAAGGACAAAGCAUCAGAGACUGGCUGGCAGAGACGGGAGAAUGCCUCGGGAAAUACGGCGGCCACCAGGACCAGCACGGCAACGUCAGGCUCGACUUCAAGGCGGUGCAGAUCGGCACGCAGGUGGUGCACGUCUCCCACAAGACGCAGUUCACCCAUGGCUGGCUCUGGUGCGAGAAAUGUGGCGGCACCAGCUACCUUGGGGACCACAAGAGCAGGAUUGUGGCAGGAGUGGCAAGGAAGCUGGCAAGGCCGUGUCAGCCCCCAACAGCAGCAGGGCGGCGGGUCUUGGCGGACUUGCAGAGGGGCAAGCUGCCAAGAGGAGCUAAGCCAGCAGCAGACCCAGCUGAUGAGGGUCUCAACGAGAUCACCAUGCCUGGAGAUUUCAAGCUCGGCCUGAGUAACCACGAGGCGAUCGACCUGGACGGGGACAGCUCAGAGGCAGGGGACCCGCAGCCAGCUCCACAGCAGCCACCCAGCCAUCCGCACUCUGUCGUCCACGCCAGCUGGAGGCUCGUGGACCACAUGGAGGGCUACGCGGAGCAGUGGAUGAACAUGGUCGACCAAGAGGUCUGGGACGACAUGGACGACUGGAUGGAGCACUGCGUACCGUACCUCCUGGCCAUCACCAAUGUGGGUGGCGGAACGGACACGCAAGAGCAGACCAGGGCCGUCACCGUGCAGGAGCUUCAGCAGAUCAAGGACUUCUGCGAAGAAGUCUGGCGCAACACGCACCGCACGCGACGGAGGCUCAUGACCAGGAUGCUUACCCUCCCGUACGGUACAAGGCAGCAGGCAGCAAGAGUGCACAUGGACGCCUUCCAGAACAGAAGGAACAACAUCCUAGCGCACAGCAUCCCCAGCAGCGAGCGCAGGCCGCUGCCGAGAACAGCGGAGGCCAGCCGAGAGUGGUCACCAGAGAACCUGGACGAUGAUGACUCGACCCCAGACAGUGAAGCCCCAGAGCUGGAGGGUGAGCCGAGCAACCAGGAGAUGGAGACCAUGGCAGGACCCGAUCAGAGGCACGACGCCAACAGCCCGAUGCAGACGGCUGUGCAGGUGGCAGUAACGCUGACCAAGCCAGUGGGGCCCGACCUGAUGAAGUUCGUGAGCGAAGCUGAUGAGGCCGGCCUGCUCCACCCAAGGCUUCGACACAACAAAGGAGAAGCUGACCAGGACCCCGAGCACGAGGUGGCGUGGCUCGAGAGGAACAGGCUCGAGCAGCUCAUGCAGUCGCUGGCUGGCAGCUGGAGCCAGAAAGAGGGCGAACAGGGCUGGCCAUCGUGGCAGGCUGCGUGCGUGCCCCAUGUGCUGAGGGCGCUGCAGACUGGCGUCUACCAGAGGCUGUUCAGCAACGUGUCAGGGCCGAGCCGCCAGCGCAGCCAGCGCCGAGCGGCGGAGGAAAUCUGCCGCCUGGCAUGGCUCAACAGCGGAGAGGCGCGCAGGCAGAUCCAGCAGCAGGACCCGAAGGAGGCAGAGCGGCGCAGAGCAAUGGCUGAGCAGUUCCUGGGCGUGACUGAGCCAGUGGUGAGGAGCCGCA